CCCGUCGGACCCCGGGCGCACAAGCUGGGCUCCCUCGCUGUGGCUGGCCGUUUCUUUUUUUUUUUGGCUACCCUUGCCAACCUGUCAGCUGAUGGACCUCAUCACCCAUAGUGGCGCAUGUAGCUCGGCCGCAGCUCGCUCCAUUCAAGCCGCGCCCCCAAGGCCGCCCGCGGCCCCCGCACCCGGAGCUGGGGUGGGGGGUGGCCCGCAGACCGGGGCCACCACCCACCCCCGGGGUCCCGCGCCCCUCUCGCCCCGGCCUCGCGCCGCCCGGGGGGCGCUGCAAAUAGUCCUUUGUUUACAUGCAAUUCCUUACUCCGCGGAAGGAGGCCGGGGGAGUGCUGAGUUUUCACCAGCUGUUUCCCGCCUUGAAACAGACAUCUGAUCAGCUGCAAACACACACACACACAGACACACACACACACACACACACACACACACACACACACACACACACGCCCGGGGAGGCAGGCCGGAGAGACCUCCCUCCCGCCCCUCCCGCCCGCCUCCCUCCCCUCGCCGCCGCCGCAGCCAGCAUCUGGGACCGGCCGAUUCUGCACCUCCGUCCGGCGCUGCCCUUUGAUUCGGAUUUCCAUCUUGCAUUCUCCGGCGGACCGCGGGACCUGGCUCGUGCAGAGGAGGGGGGCCGAUCGCUAUGGAGUAUUUCAUGGUGCCCACUCAGAAGCCUGGCCAACAUUCCACUGACCCCUGAGACUCAGCGGGACCAGGAGCGGCGGAUUCGGCGGGAGAUUGCCAACAGCAACGAGCGGAGGCGCAUGCAGAGCAUCAACGCGGGCUUCCAGUCCCUCAAGACCCUCAUCCCCCACACAGAUGGAGAGAAGCUCAGCAAGGCAGCCAUUCUCCAGCAGACAGCAGAGUAUAUCUUCUCCCUGGAGCAGGAGAAGACCCGGCUCCUGCAGCAGAACACACAGCUCAAGCGCUUCAUCCAGGAGCUGAGCGGCUCAUCCCCCAAGCGGAGGCGGGCGGAGGACAAAGACGAGGGCAUUGGCUCGCCGGACAUCUGGGAGGACGAGAAGGCGGAGGAUCUGCGGCGGGAGAUGAUCGAGCUGCGGCAGCAACUGGACAAGGAGCGCUCGGUGCGCAUGAUGCUGGAGGAGCAGGUCCGCUCCCUGGAGGCCCACAUGUACCCGGAAAAGCUCAAGGUGAUCGCACAGCAGGUGCAGCUGCAGCAGCAGCAGGAGCAGGUCCGGCUGCUGCACCAGGAGAAGCUGGAGCGGGAACAGCAGCACCUGCGGACCCAGCUCCUGCCCACUCCGGCCCCCACCCACCACCCCACGGUGAUAGUGCCAGCGCCGGCACCCCCUCCCUCCCACCACAUCAACGUCGUCACCAUGGGCCCCUCCUCGGUCAUCAACUCUGUUUCAACGUCCCGGCAAAAUCUGGACACCAUCGUGCAGGCGAUCCAGCACAUCGAGGGCACCCAGGGCCAGGAGGAGGAGCAGCGGCGAGCCGUCAUCGUGAAGCCGGUCCGCGGUUGCCCCGAGGCCCACGCCUCGGACACCGCCUCCGAUUCGGAGGCCUCAGACAGCGACGCCAUGGACCAGGGCCGGGAGGAGCCGGCAGGGAACGGGGGGCUUCCCUGACCAGCCCCCCAGCCCUCCUCUCCCUUCUGGGGGCUGGAGGGGGCGGGGCAGCAACUGGGAGAGAGACGAGGGUGAACGAGUGAGAAAUUUUUACAAAAUUUACGGCGUCAUUUGGGUCUCUUUUAUGACCUCUUUUUUCAAUACUGUAAAUCGUCCUUUGAGUGAAGCCGCUCUACCCGAAGUCCGGGGCUGGGGCGGCAGGAGCGCCUGGCAGCACCCGGGCAAGUGGGGCUGGGCCUCGGCCCCGGAGGCUGGGGAAGCGGACGUGGAGGUGCCUGACCUCUCUCCGCCAAAAAAGCAUUUUUUCAAUGAAACAUGUUUUUAAGAACAGGGAAAAAAAUCAAAACAAAACCCCAGGGUAUUUCUGCCCUCUCCGGAGCCAGCCCGACCACUGUCAGUUUUUAAUUACCCCUUCCCUCCUUUCUUUGGUGUUCUUUCUCCUUUAAGCACUUACAUGGGUUGGGGGUCUGGCUGGGUCGGGGCUCUGGGGGUCCGGGGGUCUCCACUCCUUCUCGGUUGGGGUUUGCUGCUGACCUUCUCCCCUCCCCUCCCUCACCACCCAGCCCCCCACCUCUCCCUCCAGGUUUCCCAUCUUGCACCCCCCAAAAGUCUUUGUCUCUCUCUUUGUUUUGUUUGUUGUUGGUUCUUUUUUGGUUUUGGUUGUUUUUUUUUUUUUUUUUUUUUUUUAACAAUUUUGAGGUCUUUGUGUUCAAGGAGAAACUAUUAUAUUUUGUUAAAAAAGUGGGGGGGUGGGAACCAAGAGGCCACUGUGCCUUUAUAAAGAAACAAAAUAAAGUUUGUACUUUUGUUUUUUAGAUUCUGUGUCUCCUGGGGACUGUGUCCUGAGGGGCUGGCGAAAGCUCCCUGGGGGUACUGUUUGGGCCUGCUGGAAGGGGACUGGAUGUGGGUGAGCGUGAUGACUCCCCCAACUUAGUAUUGUGGUGUUAUGAUGAGAAAUCAGGGUCCUGAGAUUCCUUGGGUUUACUCUGGGGAUUCUGCAAAGAUGGGAGAUGGUGUUGGGAUUGAGGUGAGCGGUUCCCAAUUUCUCCUGGGUGGGAGACAGGAGAGAAUGAACAGCUAAACCAAUAGUUCCCGUCUGCUAGAGAAAGGACACAGGAUGUUCAGGGCUCCCGAUUGAUUGC